AUUUAUUCAGGAUAUAUAAAGCAAUAACAAAGCAGCCAAAAUGUCUGAUUGGGAUACUGUCACUGUUUUGAGGAAGAAGGCUCCUAAGUCUAGCCAACUGAAGACUGAGUCAGCUGUUAAUAACGCACGCAGACAAGGCGUUGCAGUCGAUACGCAGCAAAAGUAUGGUGCUGGCACCAACAAGCAGCAUGUGACUACCAAAAACACUGCCAAACUGGAUCGUGAGACAGAGGAGCUGCGUCAUGACAAGAUACCGCUGGAUGUUGGAAAGAUCAUACAGCAGGGACGCCAGAACAAGGGUCUCAGCCAAAAGGAUUUAGCCACGAAAAUCUGUGAAAAACAGCAGGUGGUGACUGAUUAUGAGGCUGGACGUGGCAUUCCCAACAACUUGAUACUGGGUAAGAUGGAGCGUGUGCUUGGUAUGAAAUUACGUGGCAAGGAACGCGGCCAAGCGCUGGCGCCUCCCGGUAAAAAGUGAGAUGAUGCUGCCGCGUCUACUGCAACAUCCAGUGGCGCUCCAUCGAAUCGUAAUGCCAGAAAUCAGCAAUACCAACAAGUGCCGGAAGAACCUGGCUGGAGCACCGUCUGCAGAAGACGCAAAUGAAACACUAUCGGGAGGCUGUCGAACCAAACAAAAUCGGGUCAAUGCCACAAGACACAAGAACAGCAGCAACUAAUAUUAAU